GGAAAGCGGGCGGUGGAGGUCAGAAGAGAAGAAAGAUGUCGGCCGCGGCUCUCACGUCCUUGAGCCGCUGCGGUGUUCUGGCGUUUCGCGCUCCAGUGGGGCUGGUGGCGGUGCGGUAUGCACAAACAGCAGCAGCUCCAGCAGCCCAGCCCAGAGUAAAGAAGUUUCAGGUGUACAGAUGGGACCCCGACACUCCAGGAGACAAGCCCCGCAUGCAGACCUUUGAGAUCGACCUCAACACCUGUGGUCCGAUGGUUCUGGAUGCCCUCAUCAAGAUUAAAAAUGAGAUGGACCCCACGCUGACUUUCCGCCGCUCUUGCAGAGAAGGUAUCUGCGGGUCAUGCGCCAUGAACAUUAAUGGAGGAAACACACUGGCCUGUCUCAACAAGAUCGACACCAACACCAGCAAAGUCACUAAGAUUUACCCUCUGCCACACAUGUAUGUGGUCAAAGACCUCGUCCCGGACAUGAGUAACUUCUACGCUCAGUACAAGUCCAUCGAGCCCUACUUGAAGAAGAAGGACGAGACUCAGGAAGGAAAGGAGCAGUACCUGCAGACGGUGGAGGACAGGCAGAAGCUGGACGGGCUGUACGAGUGCAUUCUGUGUGCCUGCUGCAGUACCAGCUGCCCGAGCUACUGGUGGAAUGGAGACAAGUAUCUCGGGCCUGCUGUCCUCAUGCAGGCGUAUCGUUGGAUGAUUGACUCACGAGACGAGUUCACAGAGGAGCGUCUGUCCAAGCUGCAGGAUCCUUUCUCCCUCUAUCGCUGCCACACCAUCAUGAACUGCACUAAGACCUGCCCCAAGGGGCUGAACCCGGGUAAAGCGAUUGCUGAGAUCAAGAAGAUGAUGGCCACAUACAAGGAGAAGAAGGCAGCAGCAGUCUGAAACCUCAGCCCUGCUCCUGAGCGACUCGUCCCUCCAUAAUUAAAUUAUAUAAUGGUUAAAAUAUAAUGCUCAUUGAGGUCUGAUGGCCUGGACAGCGGGCGUCUGCACUGUGUUUGCGUGGUGGGACGACCCGGUGUCAUAAAAACGCACAUGUACAGUAUGAAUGCAGGAGAGAGUGUUUGUGUGUGAAUGAGUCUUAUAUGUACCAUAACCAAGGUUUUUAUUUCCAGCUCUACUGCCUGUAUGUUCAUGCACCUCGUGAGACGGUAACGCUGCGUAUUAAAGUAGGAAAAAGGCAAAUUUGUGGAUUUUUAUAGCUUGUGGCUUUUCAAGUUGGCGCCUGAUUCACAAACAUGUCUCCUCAGAUUAUUUUUCUUCCAACAUACCAACUGCAGUCUUUGUUUUGAUGGGAAAUAAAGCGCUGAAAUGUU